AUGACAGAAUGCCAGCAAAAGGCAUAUGAAGCUACACGGAAGAGGCUCAUUGGUGCGUUCAUUCCCAAGUGUAAUGAGGAUGGAACUUAUGCACGAGUGCAGUGCUGGGGAUCCACUGGAUACUGCUGGUGUGCGUCAGAGGAUGGGACAGAGUGGCCUGGAACUAGAGUUAGAGGACAACCCAAAUGUGAUGUCAAUGAUGGUACAUGUUAUUAAUUAUUUAUUUAUUUACUUAGGUUCACCAAAUCUUGGCAGGGUCAUCACCACAGUGCAUGGCACCAAUUACUGCGGGCCCAUAACAGUUGCUCCACACCCCCCUCUCUAGCGGGGCUAGAAGACAAAGGAAACAGAGGUUAAAAAAAAUUGAACCUGACAUAAAAUUCGACCCAUUCGUUAUCUAUUUUAUAUGCUGUGAACUGUUUUUAGUGGGCGCCUUUAUAAGACAAAAAGAAAUGGGAAAAGUAAUUGUGAGCGCUUUCUCUUUUUUCUGGGCUUACAUUUUUUCUCUCGUUGUGUUGAACCAAAACCCUGGAACAGGCAAGGAAUUUUCUAACAUGAUGUUUUUUUUCUUUUCUGUUUUGCAGGUCCAGAGCUAUUGUAAGUAGAGUUUCAUAAUUUUGUGGCAACUUAAAUGUGAAAUUGCUACUCAGUGUAAGGUUUUCCUUCUCUGAAGCUCAUCUGAGAUCUGUUGCUUCCUUUAGAAGCGUCCAUGUAGGACUCACAUUCAACUACAGUUUUGACUUAGUCAGGAAUGUCUCACAGGCAUUUAGAGAGUGAGUAUAGUUACCUACUCUGUGCAAAUAUAGAAAAUCUCUAAAUCAGUGUCCUCUAUAAAAGAAAGGCUUCCUCUGCAAUAAAAGAGAAAUAAUACAGGCCCAAGAACGUUUUCGCAAGGUUAACUAUGCGGUAGGAGUCUUAAUAUGCAAUAGUGUUCAAUUAAAAAAAAGGAAAACACCUUUCUCAAAAAACAAGAAAAGAAAAAACCUGGGAAAUCUGUGUGUGUCCAUCAAGCCACAAAUUAGGUCGCCAAGAAAUUUUAAGACUGAGAGCUGAUUUAUUGCGUAAUGACAUACUAAAUCAAUACCACCAAUACAAAUUCCUCCCCGCUCAAAAACAUGUAUACUAAGUGCUUACAGAAAUACACUGUAGGUCAUGAUACGCGCAUUCUCAGCGUACUUUAGAAAUCAUGCACAGCUAUCUAAUAGCAAACACAAAUCAAUUUCUCCCACUGCUACUUGUAUACUACCUCCCAGUGUAGCAUUCGAUCACUCAGAAAUAUGUUUUCUUCCUUCCACAGAUCUUUGAAGAAGCAAUUGAUUACCAUGUUUAAAUUGAAGGACGAUCAAUUUCAGGGACCUGAGGUAUGUCAUUUUCAAUCAAUUAAUCGAAUUUUGUGAUCUGAGAGCUAAUCUCUUAGGAUUAGUUUGACAGUAAGACCUACCGACACGUUUAAAACUGCUAAAAAGUUGCUGUCAAGUACCGCUUCGGCCUACGGCCGAAGACGUGUCGGCCUUCGGCCAACACCGAAAAUUCCCGCCGCACGCGAGAAAAACCUCUGGUACCCAGGGUACUGUCAAGGGAUCUAUAAGCAGUUUUACUUCUUGUGUAUGAGCUGUUAUUUUCAGGUUUUACCUUACUCUAUGAGCAGUCUCUCUUUUUUCUUAGUCCAUCGAACGAACGCGCGAGAAACGAAAAUGACCACGCGCGUGACCGUAGGUGGGUGGGAGACUGGAGAAACCUUAGUACCCGUGGCUUCGCUCCCCUCACUAAAUCUGAAGAAAAAAAAGAGACUGCUCACAGUCUAUUUUUACCCUAAUGUUUAGAAUCUUUGUCUGUCAGGUGCGAGAGGGCAGUAUUUUAGUAGGAUUCACUGUUGUACCGACGAGUGGUGGACGAGACCUGAACGAAUUUGCAGAUGACAUCACUGCAAAGGUUAGGGCUGUUCAGCUACUGAGUAUCUAGUCUUAUAACAGGUGAUGUAAGUAACUGCGACGAUAGCCAUAGAUGCACGAAGGGUAUAAAAAAAUGAUAAAUGAAGCAGAAUGCAAAACUGUUGUACAUAAUUAGAAUUUGCGUGCAUCUGCUGAGAGCACCAGGUUAAGAGAGGAAGGCACGAGCAAUUCUUUAUUGAUUUGAUUCAUCAUGCUAUGAUAUCUUACUGUAUGCUGUAAAGCAAGUCCAAGCAAAAAGGAACGACUUUCCUUUUUUGGACUUACGCUCUCUUAGUUACCAUCUUGAUAUUGAUUGUAACAAUGAAUAGAAUUUUUAGUUCAUACUGGAGUACAGUUCGGAGCGUUUUCUCUUCUAUGUACUUUUUCCAUACAGAGGAGAGCCUAUUGAACAUUCCAAUUUAAAAAAAUCUUAACUCCUUGAACUAAAGUUUGUCUCGACGUCGUCUUGAAGCCGGUCGACUCGCUUUCUGACUUUGUGCAAGCGCAGUAUAAUUUAUCUCCUUUUUCGUUUGUGACGAUGAACGUGGUUAUCUAUUCAUGUUUGGUGCAAGAAUAUUGAGGCUACCGUUUUAAAUGGCACUAUCUGAUGUCUCUCAACAUUCACUCUAAAAAUGUGAGGGAUUUAAGUGGCUGUUUAACCAGGGAUUAAAUAAUUUUGUUUCAUUAGGCUCGCAACCACCAACUAGUGAUUCACUUUAGUGGUUUGACGUUAGUGGCUGAUCCUGAGGCCAUGUUAGCGUCACCUAUGUAUCUUGAAGAUCUAAGGAUCGUCAAUAAAGAACAACAACAUGAGUCGGACAGCAGUGGAUUAUCAAAGACUGGUGUGGCACUCGUUGCUGUUGUUUGUACCCUAGCUGUAGUAGCCGUUGCAUUAGUAGUAUAUGUGGUGAGUAUACACUUACACUUCUUGGCGUGAAGGCGUCCUUGUGGGAAUCUUGUUGUCUCAAAUCGUCUUGGCUAAACAGCAAAAUUUCUGGAUCUUCUUGGCAGAGACGACCAUUCGCUUUGUAGAGCGAUGGAAGGCUAAGGGGGAAAAAAAGCGAUGCGAUGGCAAGGGUUGACGCAAGAGCUAAUAACCAGUAACCCGGCAUGCCUUCUCAAGCUGUGUCUAGCUAUGAUGAAAUCUUUCUGUUAUCUCCCUUACUACUUCACUCUUUGUAAUUAUGAUAUAGGAUCGGGAAAGGGAUGUCCUGAUCCGGCGUUCCCGCUCCUUUCACGGGAAUCCCGCAUCCCGAACUUUUGUCAUCGCCAUCCUGGAUGUCGUUUUCUUUCCAAAUCCCGUAUCUGUGCCCAUUUAACGUUUCCCGUAUCCCGCACUGUCUUUUGGUCAAAUUCCGGGAUCCUGGUAAUACCCUGCAUAUUAGAUGUCAAUUUAAUUGCUCUUUUUUUUAGUUGAUUCAGAAAAAGCGAAAGAACUCCGGUGAUGGGGAGAGAGUGAGUAAACAUGUACUUUUUUAAUCAUUGUUGUUUGGGACGGUUGGGAUGAUCGAGAUGAUGCUGACUUUAUUAUGGUGACCAGUCUGUCAUACAGAAUAGUUCCAUCUGGGUGAUUGCAGUCACCCUAAGCGUCCGGAUAAUUCCAUCAUUGCUGUUUCCAUAUGAUUGUCUUGAUCACCGAAACACAUUCUGUGAUAGACUGCAGAACGGCUAGCCCAAGAAAACAGUCGACAUUUCGCGACGUCACCACUGGUUUCCCCGCGAAAUAACGUCCGAGAAACGAGCACAGAAGUUCCAUACUGAUGACGUGUCACUACCCAGAUCCGGGUAGUGCUUCUGAUUGGUCGCGCCGCGAGGGAAACUUGGUUCAACCAAUCGACUACCCAGAUCUGGGUAGUGACGCGUCAUAGUAUAGAAUUUCUCCGCUAGUCGGUCCUCGGAUCACAAAACAAACCGUAUUUUUGCGUAGGCCAAGAACGCGCGAACCGUGAAACGAAAGGUCUGGAGCAAAGGCGACAACUGAGAGUAAAACUGUGACAGCUUUGAAAAAAAAAAGAAAAUGGAAAAACAAGUUACUGUUCAUCCUUUGCACAACAGCCCUCACCCUUCAGUGAAGAUCGGAGAAGUAGCCCUUCUUCCUCUUGUCCGAUUUUUUCUGAAGGGAGGGGACGGCUGUACUUAGGCUAGUUGCCCUUUUGCAGUCAAAUUUUUGCGACGAACUGAGUCGUACUUGAGUUGAACGAGGGGAUCCAGAUGGUUAAAUGAGAAUCCGGGCUAAAAAAAUAGAGUGAUCUUCGUAUGACCUUGAAAUGAAAACGUACGAACAAAACAGAAACAACAAACGAACGGAAAUAGAGCGAUUUGAUUGGUUUAUCGAACGGAUACAAACGCGCGUGGCAUGUGAUUGGUUAAGCGAACGCUCGGGUUAAAAAAUAGUUCAUGCACGAGAACUUUCUAGAAAUCAAACUAUACUUCGCUUGACGUCAUACUGCAACACAACUGGCCAAUCGAACAGUGCCUUCUCCAUAUUAGGGUUUUCUUUGGCGGGAAAACGAAGAGGCCAUGUUUUGAUAUUUUCAUCCAUUGCCUGAUAAAACACUGCAUAGGAAGCUAGUUAAUCGUACAUUGUGUAGUUUUCUGAGUGACUAACUUGUCGCUCCUUUUCCCGUAGCUGUACCUUUUGUCUUAGACCAGAGGUGCUGCUGCCGCUCGCUGCUGCUACUGCUGCUGCUGUCUUCUCCUUAUCAUCCGCUACUCAUCCUUCCCUCUAGGCCGGCAUUGUUUUUAAAGAUGGAAAUGCUGAAGUGAACGUCACGCUCACGGAAGCCUGACAAUGGACUCCACCCUUACCGGAUGUGUCGUAAUAAUGAUUUGAUAUUCAGUGAUCUACCUUACAUCGCUCUGCUUUCACUGCAACGCAGUGGAGUUCGUAGACUGGUUAUGAUUGCCGCUCUUUAUCAAGUUCAAGAACUUACUGCAAAACUAGGAUUGAUCACAGCCUCCCUUUAUAAUGGGAUGGCUUAUUAAACCAUGAGAAUAUAAUUUAUCUGUUAGAGACUUUUUAAAGAGAAUUUUUAUAAAAUAUUGAGAAUUAUUUGGUCUAGCCAGAUCGAUAUAUUUUUUUUAGAGAAUUUGAAUAAUGAUAUUUUUAUGAUGUUGUUUGUUGUACUUAUUGUUUCUUGGAGGGGCCAGAAAGAAAGAGGCUUCAACUUUCUUUAGCCUACGAGCAAGCUCUCCUUUUGGGUGAGUCGCCAGAAGUCACGCGAGAGCCGCACGCGAGAGGAGAUGCGAGUGCGAGAGGUCCACUCGCUCGGGCGUUCUCUCGCGGCUUUCUUCGCUUGCCACUCGAAAUAGAGAGCUUGCUCGCGCGUAGGCUAACUUUCUUCGAUUUAGUAGGCAGCGUAGCCGAGUGGUCAGUGCGUCGGACUCGCAAUGAAGCAGUCCCGGGUUCGAGUUCCGCUCUGUCCUCGGCCACACUUGUAACCUUUCCCAAACCGACCACUUAGGCCUGUUUUUUAAGAUUAGCCUGUCGUCGGUUUCAAUGCAGCCGUCGUCUUGAGCCGUUUCGAAAAGCCGAACCCCUCAUUUUCAAACACUGGUCCGUCCAUGGUCUCCCACUCAUCUUUUAGUGCAACUACCGGGUACAAUUUUGGACAAACCUGUCUAAAGGUGG